AUGACCAACCCAAAGGAUCUACGAGCUUGGUUUGAAGGUCACCUGAAAUUGCUGAAGCUGGAACGAGCCUCGGAGAAGGAAGAAUUCGACCUUCUGACCUCCGAGAAGGUCAAGCGUGGCCAGACCAAGCUGUUGGAGCGGAUGGGCAUAUCGAUCGGUGCCCUUGGGGUUCGCAGCACCAACAUCGGACUGGGUGGAAAAACGAUCGUAGAACUGGAACGGCCAGCCCAGUACCAUACGGAGCCCAAGUUACCCUACCAUACCCUCCGAUCGGGCGUGCCGGUCGGAAUCAUCGACAAUGAAGUCGGCUCAACUAAAUCGUCCAAGAAGAGCUCCGCCUCCUCGUCUGGUGACAAGCUCAAGGUCAUCGAGGGCGUGGUCUCUAGAGUGACGGAAACAAGCAUCGCAAUGACUGUCAGCUCUCUCAAAGAUGAUGCCGAUCAACUCGAAUUGCCUGCCAGGUGUCGUUUAAUCAAGCUUGCCGAUACAGCCACUUUCGAUAGACUCGAGCAGACAAUGGAACAAAUCUGGGAGGCUUGUAAAAAUUUAGAUCCUGGUGGACCUUCCUCUGAAAAGCACGUCAAGCUGCCCGCAAAGGACUCUACACCGGUCAACAAAGAGCUUGCUAAAGAGAACAGUUAUGGAACUCCCUCCGUUCCCCAUUCGAAAUCAAAUUGCUCUGAAGAAGACGCCAAUUUACCGGUAGAUAGCUCUGUAUCUUUGACUGAAAGUGCGUCCCGCGUCAACUAA